AUUCCAUUGUUUUAUUUUUUCCUCUCAGAAUGGUCCACUCUAGUGUACUCGGAUUCCCUCGUAUCGGGGCCAACCGUGAAAUAAAAAAGGUCGUCGAGGCUUACUGGGCAGGCAAGGUUUCGGCCGAGGAGGUUACCAAGACCGCUGCCGAGGUCAGGAUGUCCAAUUGGACCGAACUCAAGCAACGCGGUGUGACCUACCUUCCAGUUGGUGAUUUCUCGCUUUACGACCACGUCCUCGACCAUUCUGCUGCCUUCAACGCUAUCCCCAAAAGAUACCAAGGCCAGGGUCUCAAUGCCCUGGACACUUAUUUUGCCAUGGCCCGUGGUCACCAAGCGAACGGUGUUGAUGUACCCGCUGGUGAGAUGAAGAAGUGGUUCGAUUCCAACUACCACUUCCUCGUCCCGGAACUUGACGAGACCACUGAUUUCAAACUCAACUACAACAAGGCUCUCGAGGAAUACAACGAAGUCAAGGCUCUCGACAAAGAUUCCCGUCCCGUUGUCCUUGGACCGAUUACCUUCCUAGCCCUUGCUAAGGCUACCAAGGAAGCUAGGGAAGGCUUCCAGCCGAUCUCUCUCCUCCCCAAACUCCUCCCCGUAUACAAACAGCUUUUGAGCGAGCUCAAGGCCGGAGGUGCUUCAUGGGUACAGCUCGAUGAGCCCAUUCUAGUUACAGACCUUGGGGCUAGUUUCGAGUCUCAGUUCGUCUCAGCUUACCAAGAGCUCGUACCCGUCUCCCCCAACAUUAUGCUCGCCACCUACUACGGACGCCUGGAGAGCAACGUCAACUUCCUUAACAAACUCCCCGUCGCCGGCGUCCACAUUGAUCUCGACCGUGCUCCCCAACAGCUCGACAGCGCUAUUGCUGCGCUUAGCUCCACUCAGAUCGGCUUGUCUCUAGGUGUUGUCUCUGGACGUAGCAUCUGGAAGACCGAUUUCCAAGCCGCUCUCAAGCUCGUCGAGAAAGCGACUUCCGCCUUAGGCCCGGAACGUGUCGUUGUCUCUACCUCCACCACCCUCCUCCACAUCCCUGUUACUCUAGCCAAUGAGAACAAACUCACGGAAGAGCAGAAGGACUGGUUCUCGUUCGCCCUUGAGAAGGCUUCCGAGGUUGCGACCAUUGCUGCUGCUGCCUCUGGUUCCCAGGAUGCCAAGGUCUCCGCUGCGCUGGAAGCUAACCGCACCUCCAUUGCCAAGCGUCGUGAGUUCGAGAAGAACUCGGACGAUUCCAUUCGCAAGCGUGUUGCUUCCAUCCGCCCUGAGGAUUAUGAGCGAAAGAACCCCUUCUCUGUCCGUAGGGAGGCACAGAAGAAGCUCAACCUUCCUAAAUUCCCUACCACGACUAUCGGAUCCUUCCCUCAAACCAAGGAGAUUCGUCAAGCUCGUGCUAAGCUUGGCAAGAACGAGCUUAGCGAGGUUGAGUACGAGGAGUUCAUCAAGAAGGAGAUCGAGUCGGCUGUCCGCUUCCAGGAGCGUAUUGGUCUUGACCUUUUGGUCCACGGAGAGCCUGAGCGUAACGACAUGGUUCAAUACUUUGGAGAGCGCCUCAACGGAUUUGUCUUUACCCAGAACGCUUGGGUUCAGAGCUACGGCUCUCGUUACGUCCGUCCCCCGAUUGUCGUCUCUGACGUUAGUCGGAAGGGACCCAUAACCGUUCAAUGGAGUCGGUACGCCCAGAGCCUCACCAGCAAACCCAUGAAGGGUAUGUUGACAGGACCUGUCACCAUCCUUAACUGGUCUUUCCCUCGUGUCGAUAUCAGCCGUGAGCUCCAGGCCCAACAGCUUGCCCUCGCUCUUCGUGACGAGGUUAUUGACCUCGAGGCUGCGGGUAUCAAGGCCAUUCAGGUCGAUGAGCCUGCCAUCCGUGAGGGUCUCCCUCUCCGUCGUGCUGACUGGGACGCCUACCUUGGAUGGGCUGGAAACACUUUCAAACUUGCCACAGCCGGUGUCAAGAAUGAGACCCAGACCCAUUCCCACUUCUGCUAUUCCGACUUUGACGACAUCUUCCCACAAAUUCAGCGUCUCGAUGCUGAUGUUAUCUCUAUCGAAGCCUCCAAGAGCGACUUGAAGCUUAUCAAAACUUUCAAGCGCUAUGGCUACUCCAACUCUAUUGGACCUGGGGUCUACGACGUCCACUCUCCUCGCGUUCCCCCAACUGAGGAGAUUAAAGAACGUCUGAAGGCGAUGCUUGAGCACCUCGACCAGUCCCUCCUCUUCGUUAACCCUGAUUGUGGAUUGAAGACUCGUGGAUGGAAGGAGACUGAAGCUUCCCUUGUCAACCUUGUCAAUGCUGCUCGUUGGGCACGGGAAAACUACGCCUAAAUCGAUUGUUCACGUCGGUUGUUUGGGGAAAUUUCAUGCGCUUCAACAGCGCCCGCAGAAUCAGUUAAAUUAUGAUUUUAGAGAAGGAACACUUUUUCUGUCUUGAUAUUCCUUCCUAUCUGGCAUAUUGGGCCCUGUGGGUGGUAAAGAAAAGCGGUGUAUGAAGAGGUUUACAGGAGGUUUUUUCAGGUUCGAGGGUUGUUCUAGCUCAUGAUCGUGACGAAAGGAUCUCAACAUCCAAAAUUAUAUUCUUUUCUCUUUUCUCUUGCUUUUCCCCCGUUCUUGUCAUCUGUAGCAACAUCUUUAGUGCUUGCAUAGUGGUACCCACUACAAUUGAUCCGUGUACUUUACUGGAAAGCGUAUAUUUCUUGGUUGUUUGAAGAACUACUAACCGACCUGGACACGUUUCUGGGGACUCCGUAUGGGCGCCAGC